UUCUACCAAAUCCAUCUAUCUUUCUAUCAAAAGGCAAUACUAGAGUAUUAUUACAUGUCCACAACAAGGGAGAGAUUGGAUGAGAUUAUUGGGAAGAAGUUAAAAAUAGAGAAUAUUGAUGCAAGUUCAAAGUUACAUAUGCAACAAACUAUGGGAAGGAGACAUAUAAUAUUGGAGCCUUCAUGCACAAAAUUGAAUACUAUUAUACCUUGUGCUGCUUGUAAGCUUUUGAGAAGAAAAUGUGCUGAAGAAUGUCCAUUUUCUCCUUAUUUCUCUCCACAUGAACCCCAAAAAUUUGCUGCUGUUCAUAAAGUCUUUGGUGCUAGCAAUGUUUCUAAGUUGCUCAUGGAGGUGCCAGAAAGUCAAAGGGCAGAUGCAGCAAAUAGUUUGGUAUAUGAAGCAAAUGUGAGGCUAAGGGAUCCAAUCUAUGGGUGCAUGGGUGCAAUUUCAACUUUAAAUCAACAAGUUCAAUCAUUACAAGCCGAGGUUAAUGCAAUAAGAGCUGAAAUUUUGAGAUAUAAAUAUAGAGAAGCAACAAAUAGUCUAAUCAUUGCAUCAACGGGUAUUAAUGGAGCCACGGUGACCGUGGCUGAGCUACCUCAAGCUCCUUCUACUCCCACCCAUCCACCACGGCCACCGCCUCCCCAAGACUCUUUUGGGGUUGUUAUCCCUUCUUGUUCUUCUCCACCUUCAACUCAUGAAUCUAUGUACGCAACUCCUUCUAGUGGAGCCAACUUUAGUGUUAUCCCCAACAAUAAUAUAGUACCCUAUUUUGACUAG